CACAUCACACGCGGCCCGGCGGUGACGCGAACCGAACGCCGCCGUUCUUUUGAAUUUCAAAUAUCGAAUCUCAAAUUUCUAAUUUUUUUUUUUUAAUUCUGUGCCGGUGUUGCUUGAAGACAAAAUGAAGAUCGUACUACUUUUUGCUGUAAUUCUGUGCGCGUACGCAGCCGAGGAGGUUGAGAAGAAGAAUGAAAUGACUGACUUGGAGCAGAUGGAGUCACAAGACAAGAGACAAACGCAAGAGGGCAGUCAGGACCAAUACAGAUCGGGAAGAAAACAGGAACAAGUUGCACCAGUACAAGAAAAUCCUGAGGAAGAUAAAUCCAGUGGAAGUGGCCAAACCGAAGAAUACCGUCCUGGGCAAGUGUUCUCACUGAACGCGCAAGAACUGCUGGAACUGCAGCCGGAGAGAAAAGCACCGCUAGCCAACAAUCAGCAGCUGCAGCAACUGCAACAGCUUUACAACCCACAGCAGGAACACCAACAGAAUUUACAGCAAAGUUUACAGCAAAGUUUGCAGCAGAACUUACAGCAAGGCUUACAACAGAACAUACAGCCUUUCUACUACUUGGACCCCCAACUGGCUGGGCAGGUGUCUCUUCAACCAUCUCAUACCGUCAUCGCUCGUCCACACUACACAUCCAAUGGAGGUGAAGCCUCAGUAGGCGCCGCGCUAUCAGUGAGCGACAGCGGCAGCGCUACCGCCCAUCCCUUCGACCAAGAACUCCUGGCGCUGUUCAGCCAGGCACGGCAAGAAGACGACAGACAGCAAAUAUAUACACAGCAAAUCCUGCCUCAAGCACUCGGUCAACAGUACCAACAAGUGGAAAGGUACGUAACAAAGCCAAGUAAGAAACCGACUAAACUGCGCCCGAAGAUCCAAGUGGUACCAACGCAAGCGUCGACAGCCCCUCAGCAAUAUCUUAUUGAAACAACCAAUGUACAAUCUCAAGCGCCUGCGCUUCAAUAUCGCCCCAUACAGUCACAGCGUACUGGGCAAACCCUUCGCUACAUUCCCUUGCAAGUCGCCCAGCAAGCCAUAUCUCAACCUUUGUAUGAACGUCCCGAAUCUCAAGGUUUGAAAAUCGUCCCAGCUCCAAAUCUACAAAACCUACAGCCACAAACUCAAGGUAACUACGUCUUCGUACCUCAGUACCAACAACCAGAACCAGCUCAACAAAAGCAAUACAAAUUCGUCGACACACAGAGACAGACAAUUCAAAAUGUUAGACAAGAACAACCGAGAAUCGCAGUCGAAAGGCCAUUGGCGUACUUAAAGCGAUUCCCUGAACCCGAAAAGACACGAACAGUUAAAAUUUAUAACCAAUCCGGUCUUGAAGGUCUAUCAGCCGUUCCUCAAGCUGGUCAAAAUGAACAAUACUAUAUCAGACCUUUAUACAGACAAAACGAGCAAAGACCUAGAUACGAUUUAUCAGCACUGGCUUUAAGAUCAUUUGAACAAGCACGAGCUGCUGAAUCUACUAAAUCUCCUUUAUCAACAAUUUACGUUCACAAGAACACAGCUCCUAAGAAAGUGUCGAGACCUUCAGUAAGAAUAGAAUCUCAAAGAGAACAAUCAGCUAGCUCUGAAUAUCCUAUCGAGCAAGGAAGAGCUUUAGAAUACCAACGUCCUCAGUUGCCACCACCUAAGAAUAACAAGGCUUAUACUCCUGAAGAGUUCCAGGCUUUGGUAGCUGCAGGUUACUCUGUGACUCCUAUACCAGUUGGGACGGUUGGUGAACAACCAGCGCAGUCCCGGUCUUCAGUAGAAGCGAUACAGAUUCCCCAACGACGUGUUUACACUAAACGUAAUCAAUACUUGCCUUUAAGAUCUGAUGAAGCGCCUUAAAUUUUAUAACGACUAUGUACAGAAUUUUAGAAUUAACUCUAGAUAAUAAAAUAUUUUGUAAUUUA